AGGGUUUCUCUUCUCACAUAUCAUCACUUUCACACUUUUUCUCUCUUCAUUUCAAAACAAAUCAAUUCAAUUUCUUACAAUUAAUGUAAAAGAAUGCCCGCCACGGAAUCAUCAGCACCACCGCCGCCUCCAUCAGUAGCAGCGCCGUCGUUUGGCCGUUCGAUUUUGAGCCUCCGUCGCGACUAUCAUCAGGUUCAUUCAAUGGAAACAUCAUCACCUUCAUCUUCCAUUAAUGAACUCGAAUUUGAGCUUGAAGCUUUUCAAAGACAGGUUGCUGAUCGUUUCGCUGAUCUUUCAUCUGCCGGGUCUGAUGAUUUGCUUUCCUUGUCCUGGAUCCGAAAAUUGUUGACCCAUUUUCUUGCCUGUCAGGAAGAUUUUAGGGUUCUUUUGUUUAAUCAUAAAUCUCUUGUUUUGAAAUCCCCUUUAGAUCGUUUAGUUCAUGAUUUUUUUGAGAGGAGUGUUAAGGCUUUAGAUCUUUGUAAUGCAAUUCGAGAUGGGAUUGAACAGAUCAGAGAAUGGAAGAAAUUGAUUGAAAUUGUUCUUUGCGCUUUAGGUAAUGAUAAUAGCAACAGUAAUAAUGGGAGAAUGCUAUGUGAAGGGCAAUUUCGCCGAGCGAAAAAAGCCCUUGUUGAUUUAUCAAUCUCAAUGCUGGAUGAGAGGGAUUCUACUGCAGCAGCUGUGGCUCACAGGAAUAGGUCUUUUGGGCGAUCUAAAGAUCAGCACCAUCACAAUCGGAGUCUCGGGCACUUUAGAUCGUUGUCUUGGAGUGUUUCGCGGUCCUGGUCUGCUGCAAAACAGCUUCAAGCUAUUGGGAAUAAUUUGAUGGCUCCUAAAGGUAAUGAAAUUGUGGCUACCAAUGGCAUUGCUGUUGCUGUUUAUACUAUGAAUUCGGUUUUACUUUUCGUUAUGUGGACUAUGGUGGCUGCAAUUCCUUGUCAAGAUAGGGGUUUGCAAGUGCAUUUCUCUACUCCUAAACAUUUGAUUUGGGCUGCAUCUAUCCAAUCCUUGCACGAGAGAAUUUUCGAGGAGUCUAAGAAGAGAGAUAGGAGAAAUGCUUGUGGUUUGUUGAGAGAGAUUUAUUUGAUGGAUAAAUGUACUAAGGUUUUGGCUGAUUUGGCUGAUUCUGUUCAGUUUCCUUUAAGUGAGGAAAAGGAGGCAGAGGUGAGGCUCAAAGUGCAAGAAUUGGGACAUGUUUGUGAUGUUAUGAAAGAGGGAUUGGACCCAUUGGAGAGACAAGUUAGAGAGGUGUUUCACAGGAUUGUUCAUAGCAGGACCGAAGGGCUCGACUCUUUGGGUAGAGUGAAUCACAGUGAUUGAUCUUUGAUACUUCAUGGCUUAUUCUAGGCUUGAAUGUGGAUGCGAUUUUGGAUGGUGAAUGAAGAUCAAGAAAACAUGAUGAUUUGAGGAAUGCUUCCGAAAUAAAUGAACAAAAAAAUUCUUGUAUUUAUCAACCAAUAUAUUGUGUAAAGGAAAUGUAGGAUAUGGAAAUUCAGCCUCGUUAUGGUUCUAUGGCGCUGAUCUUCAGCUCGUUGUUGCGUUUUGUAUAAUCAAAAUUUCCCAGUAAAAAGUACCAUCUUGCUGUUGUAGCUGA